AUGUUGUCGAAAUUUGGACUACCGAUCUCUCUUGCACUUAACGUCGCGACAGCCUACUCAUCAUCAUCCUGCGCGGAAAGAAUCCUCAAUGCAACAGGUGUGCUCAAUGAUCGCUGGUAUGAUCCACAGGUCGGCCUUUGGGAACGACUUUGGUGGUAAGUCGAUGACCGCGAUUGGCGUAGCUGCGGGGCGAAGUGAUGCUGACCAGUGAUGACAGGGACUCUGGCGCUAUACUGACUACGAUCGCCAAUGUCGCAUUGGUCUGCGAUGAUUUCAGACCGACCGCCAUGCAGAUGUUCUCCCAAAUCCUUGACAACGCGAGAGCCGCAAAUGGCGGCAGCUAUCUGGAUGGUUACUAUGAUGACGAGGUAAGUGACGACGGUUCGCCCGAGGGAUCGCGAACACGGCAGAGUCAGAUAAGGAUUGGUAGUUUGGCGAGCGGUCUGCCAGACGAGAAGAGCAGUGGAUACGGCUCCUGUCCUUCGACAUCGUAUGCUGACAUGACUGCAGGGGUGGUGGUCCACUGGCCUCAUCAAAGCAUACGACGUCUCUGGCGAUCCGAAAUAUCUCGACGAGGCCGCGAAAAUCUACAACGACUUUCAGACCGGCAACGAUCCAACCUGCGGCGGAGGAAUCUUCUGGUCUAAAACCCAAGAUGAACCAUACCCAGCUGCGAUCGCCAAUGAGCUGUUUCUGGCUACUGCAGCGUCUCUCGCCAACCGCAUACCCGACAACUCGACUUACAGAGAUCAAGCACAAAAGCAACUGGACUGGUUCCUCAGUACAAACUUGAUCAACCCAGACUUCACCGUCAACGACGGGUUGAAUAUCUCAAACUGCUCCCAGCCUAGAGGAUCGAUCUUUACAUACAACCAAGGUGUCAUUCUAGGUGGUCUGGUCGAAAUGCAUAAUCUCACUUCCAAUGCCACCUACCUCUCCAUUGCGUCCAGCAUCGCCCACGCGACCAUCGAUCAACUUGCGACACCGUUCCACGGCAUCCUCAACGAACCUCACUACCUGAUCAACGCUUCUGUAAUCGGCAAUUACGACUCUCAGGAUGGCUAUGCGUUCAAAGGGAUCUUUGCGAGGAAUCUCAUGGAUCUCCACGUCGCCGCUCCGGAGCAGGCGUUCUACGACUUUCUGCAGAAAAAUGCGGAUUCCAUAUGGAACUCUGAUCGGCAAGGAGAUGGACAGCUGGGUGCGCUCUGGCAAGGGCCUGUCGUGGGUUUGUCGGCGGCGAGUCACGGGAGUGCGUUGGAUUGUUUGGUUGCUGCUGCUCGGGUGCGGGAAGCCCGUCUCGAAGCUAGCAGCAGCUCUUCUAUUAGAACGCUUGCGGCCAUUCCGACUCCCACUCCCAGAAUUCUGUCUACGCCAACGCCGACGACGAUGUCUACGCCAGUCUUCUGUUCAUCAUGCAUCGAUAUCAGUACCGCAGUGGUGGUGGUGACGGCCACUGUUACCUCCAAGAACGGCUGA